ACAUCACGUGACCACCCUGCGUGUUGUGCAGAGAUCGGACCCGUCGACGUGAAGACACCGCAGUCAGAGAGUUCACUUGGGUGGCGACGAAGGGCGCACCGUUUUCACGUGCAGUCUGCUGUAUUAUUUCACCGAGUCACGUUCUAUAUAUCCUCAGGACAAAUGGAUACUGCUGCUUCAGACCUUUACGAAGGCCUCAUGAGUCAACUGGAGUGUCCAGUCUGUUUGGAGAACAUGAUGCCGCCUAUCUAUCUAUGUAAAAACGGCCACAACAUCUGCAAGAAUUGCAGACACGAGAUGUCACGCUGUCCAAUUUGCAGACAUGAAUUCACUAACACCAGAAGCCUAGCCAUGGAGAAACUUUCAGCUAUUCAGCAACGGUCUCCUUGUGUAUACCGGAUAUACGGAUGUAAGGCGUUAUGCAGGGUCCGUAGAAGUGAUCAUGAGGACGUGUGCCCCUUUGGGACAUACAGUUGUCCUUUUCAGUGCCCAGAGAUUUUCACUCGAAAAUAUCUCAUACAUCAUAUCAAAGAGGAGCACAAAAAUAUGUUUUUGCAAUGCAACCACCGUACCACAAUUAUCAAGCUGGAGGAUUAUGACAUAACGGAAGAUUAUGAUGUAAUAAUUAUGUUUUAUGAAGAAGUUUUUCUCUGCACGAUGAGAACUAUUAAUGGUAUAUGGUAUCUUCUGAUACAGUAUAUAGGCCCUGAACAAUAUGCUAGUAGCUUCAGGUACAAACUUUGUUUAGGUAACAUGGACGAUGAUGCAUAUAUCAAGGUCAGGCAGCGGUGUCGAUGUGUGAACGAAGAUGUAAAUGAAAUAUACCGCACGUGUAAAUGUAUACUCUUACCAGCUGAAGUAAUAUGCCAUGCCCUAAUUGAAGGAGAGCUGUGUUUCCAUUUCAAGAUGACUAAAUUAGAGCCAGAUACUGAACAUGGCUACUGAUAAGUAAGAUUUGAGGCUUUCACGACGGUGACUAUGAAGAAAGCAGUCUUCUGGG